AAUAUAGUUUUCGCAAGUUUUAACAAUGCGCAAAUAUAGUUCCUUGUACAAAUGACUUUAUAAUGGUAAAAAAGAGGGUAACGAGGUCGAUAACAAUUGUUUUGGUAUCUAUGAAAUGUGCCUGCAGUUUAUCACGUAGUGGCAAAUUUACAAUCGGUUAAUUACACUCUAUAUUCUCGAGAGUCUAAAAAACGUGUCAAAAAUGAAGAAAUGCCUGAUGACGCUGGUUCUAUCACACUGAAAUAUGUACGCGGCCAACAAGAUACACUUAAUCCGCUUGUUUUGACUUUUCCGCAGGGGCCACCUCCAACAAAUUUAUUGAACAACACAUCAGGUGGCCUUCGUUUUUCUUGCUAUCAUGGUAAACCACAAGGCAGUGAUGGUGAACAAACAUUCUUUGAUGUGCGCGCCGGUGCUAAUGAAUUCCAAGUAGAAUAUUUCGGCAGUAACCGUGAAAAGGGUGAACAAAGCGAUUCGCAAAGCCUUCUGAGACCUGAAAGUAAAUACCUUGUGGGAGUGUAUAAUAAAUUGACGAACACUGUUGAACUUCUUGAAACACCUUCUUUGUUCCUAAUGCAACAACGCGUUAUCACAUAUAAAGAGAAAGUUGAGCAUGAUAAAUAUGGCGAAUUGACUUCCAAGACGCAAAGAGACUUAUUAAUUCAUACUUUCUCGUCUAACCGUAGGCAACGUCAGCUUAUAAACACUCUAGCUAAUCAAGUAGAUAAGAAUGCUGAAUUCGGCGUGAAAGCUUUAGACAUUAAAUGCACGGACGACAACAACGAGGGGCCUCCUGAAAAUCGAUCUGAUUUACCACCUCACAACUCUAAAACUCAUGAUGUAAAGGAAAUUUAUCCGGUGGAUUCUUUUAUUUCGAUGGAUAUACUUGAUUUUAUUAUUGCGAGUCAACAACCAUGUAUCAAAACUUUAGAAAAGAAUGAUCCACACCUACAAAAUAGUGUGUGCAUGUUUGUAUUUGAAGCAAUGCAAGAUGUAAAGAACAUUUUAAUAAGCGACAAGUAUCGUAGCGGUGAAAAUAAACCUCCCCUAGAACAGGCACAACGGAUUGCUGCGCUAUUACAAUAUUUAGAUUAUUUAAUAACUAUAUACAAACUCCAACAACGCGAUAAAAGAAAAUUGAUAUUAAAUCGAUUUGAGCGAUUAAUUCCAACGACUAUCACGAAUGGAAUUCUCAAGAAAUUCGCAGUACAAGAGACUCCGACCCGAUGGAAAGUGAGUAAGUCACUCAAAUUGAAACUAAUAAGCUAUAUCUGUGUCAUUGCUAUCACAGUUAAAAACUUUUCUAUGGAUAUAGCACCACUCGCAAAGGAGCUGUCGAUGUCUGUAUUUGACCUAAGGCUCCAUUUAACUGCAAUAGGAUGCAGUAUAUCUACCAACGCGAAGAAAUCACAAUCUACAUCCCCAAACACUACUGCUGUGUUGAAGGCUCCUUUGAAGUUACCCGAUCAAACAAGAAAGAUUCCAAAAUUUAGUAAAUCGAGAUAACAAAAUAAGCAGUUUUGCUACGAUCAUGUAAAAACUUUGGGAGAGUGAUUCAUUUUUAACCCUCUCUAUUCUGAUAAACACUAACAUGCAGUGAAGCAUAUCGCACUUA